AGAGCAUGCCAAUAACAGCCAUCUGGACAACUGAGAGUCACAGGCAGUAUUAAAAAGGAAAACAAAAGAAGCCAGCAAUCAACUUUUUCCCACUUCUUCCAGAAAACCACAAAACCCUUCUCCUUCCCCAGCAGGUGACAGACAAGGGAGAGGAAAACAGGAAGAGAACUUUGAGCUGGAAAAAAUUGAGUAUGUGCAACUCAAGGAAACAUUACAUGAAAAGGUCGAGGAUAAUUUCCAAAUUCAGAAAAAGAGAGAAAUUUGUGGGAGAAGCAGAGACUGCAGAUCACGGCUGAUGAUGCACCAGAGGAUCCACACUGGAGAAAAGCCAUACAAAUGUUCGGAAUGCAGCAAAAGCUUUACUUGGAAGAGCUCCCUGGUGGUUCAUCGAAGGACCCACACUGGAGAGAAGCCGUACCAGUGCUCCCAAUGUGGCAGAAGCUUUAGUGUGCAUGCGACCCUGGUAAGACACAAGAGGACUCACACCGGGGAGAAACCGUAUGAGUGUCCGGAUUGUGAGAAAAGCUUCAGUCGGAAUUCUGACCUGGUGAUACACCAUAGAAUACACACAGGAGAGAAACCGUAUGAGUGUCUAAAUUGUGGGAAAAGUUUCAUUCGGAAUUCUGACCUGCUUAUACACCAGAGGACUCACACAGGAGAGAAACCGUAUGAGUGUCCGGAUUGUGGAAAAAGUUUCAGUCAGAAUUCCCACCUGGUUAUACACCAGAGGAAUCAUACUGGGGACAAACCGUAUGAGUGUCCAGAUUGUGGGAAAAGUUUCAAUCAGAAUUCUGGCCUGGUGAUACACCAGAGGACUCACACAGGAGAGAAACCGUAUGAGUGUCCAGAUUGUGGGAAAAGUUUCAGUCGGAAUUCUGACCUGGUGAUACACCAGAGCACUCACACAGGAGAGAAACCAUAUGAGUGUCCGGACUGCGGGAAAGGCUUCAGUCGUAAGUCCGACCUGGUGAUACACCAGAGGACUCACACUGGAGAGAAACCAUAUGAGUGUCCGGAUUGUGGGAAAAGCUUUAGUCAGUAUUCCCACCUGGUGAGACACAAAAGGACUCACACAGGGGAGAAACCAUAUAAGUGUCUGGAUUGUGGGAAAUGUUUCAGUCGGAAUUCCCAACUGGUAAUACACCAGAAGACUCACACAGGAGAGACACUGUAUGAGUGUCUGGAUUGUGGGAAAAAUUUCAGUCAGAAUUCUGACCUGGCAAUACACCAGAGGACUCACAUACGACAGAAACUGUAUGAAUGUCUGCAUUGUGGGAAAAGUUUCAAUCAGAAAUCCAGUUUCGUGAAACACCAGAGAACUCACAUUGGGGAGAAACCCUGUGAAUGUCUGGAUUGUGGGAAAUGUUUCAGUCGGAAUUCCCACCUGGUGAACCACCAGAGGACUCACACCAGGGAGAAACCAUAUGAAUGUCCAGAUUGUGGGAAAAGCUUUAGUUGGAAAUCCAACCUGGUGACACACCAGAGAACUCACACAGGUGAGAAACCAUUUGAGUGUCUGGAUUGUGGGAAAAGUUUCAAUCAGAAUUCUGACCUGAUGAGACACCAGAGGAUCCACACAGGAGAGAAACCCUAUGAGUGUCUGGAUUGUGGAAAAAGUUUCAUGCAGAAUUCUGACCUUGUGAGACACCAGAGGACUCACACAGGAGAGAAACCAUAUGAGUGUCCGGAUUGUGGGAAAAGUUUCAUUCGGAAUUUCAACCUGAUGAUACACCAGAGAACUCACACAGGAGAGAAACCGUAUAAAUGUGUAGAUUGUGGGAAGAGUUUCAGUCGGAAUUCCAGCCUGGUAAUACACCAGAGGACUCACACAGGAGAUAAACCGUAUGAGUGUCCGAAUUGUGGGAAAAGUUUCAGUCGGAAUUCCCAUCUGGUGAUGCACCUAAGGACUCACACAGGAGAGAAACCCUAUGAGUGUCCAGAUUGUGGGAAAGAUUUCAGUGCUAGGUCUAGCCUUAUAAAUCAUGUAGGUUUACACACAGGGGAGAAACCAUUCAAAUGCCCAGCCUGCGGACGGUGCUUCACGCAAAAUUCCUCCCUCAUCACACACAAGAAAAUCCACAUGAGGCAGAAGAUGGUAUGUGUGGAAAAGCUGGCAACUAGAGAUGAAGCUCUUCCCGCAAUCGGAGCAGACGUACGGCUUCUCCCCAGUGUGGGUCCUGGUGUGAGUAAUAAGGUCCGACUUUUGAUUGAAACUCUUGCCGCAGACGGCGCAUUCUCGCAGCAGCGAUACGGCUUCUCGCCCGUGUGGACCCUGCGGUGCCUCAGGAGGUUGCAGCGCGUCCCAAAGCUCUUCCCGCACUCUGAGCAUUUGUAUGGCUUCUCCCCGCCACUGGCGGCAGAGUUCCCAGAGUUGACCAAACGCUUCCUGGGGCCCCUCGGCUUCCCCGUAGCAAAACUGCCGGAAGCGUUGGCAUCGCAGCUCCACCUUGGGCCUGCCCUCCUCCACCACCUCUUCCUUCACUCCCUCUGGGGGAUCCAGGCCUUUGGAGAAUCUGGGGGCUUCCUUGUGGCCCAGGCCGAAAGGAGAAGCUCUCUGCGUUUAACCCCUUCGCCUAAGCCGGACGGGAAGGGGGCGGCGGUGGGGCUGAGCAACGCCAGGAAACAUUUCAUUCAGAAAACUAAACUGGUGAUACACCAGAAGACUCACACAGGACAGAAACCAUAUGAAUACCUGGAUUGUGGGAAAUGUUUCAGUCGGAAUUCCCACCUGGUGAACCACCAGACUCACACAGGAGGGAAACAGUAUGGGUGUCUGGAUUGUGGGAAAAGUUUCAGUCAGAAUUCCAGCCUGGUGAUGCACCAGAGGACUCUCACAGGAGUGAAACCGUUUGACUGUCCGGAUUGUGGGAAAAGUUUCUGUCAGAAUUGCAACAUGGUGAACCACCAGAGGACUCACACAGUAGAGAAACCAUAUGAGUGUCCAGAUUGUGGGAAAAGUUUCAGUCACAAUUCCAGCCUGGUCAACCAUCAGAGGACUCACACAGGAGAGAAACCAUAUGAGUGUUUGGAUUGUGGGAAAAGUUUCAGUCAGAAUUCCCACCUGGUGAGACACCAGAGGACUCACACAGGAGAGAAACCGUAUGAAUGUUUGGAUUGUGGGAAAAGUUUCAGUCGGAAUUCCCACCUGCUGAACCACCAGAGGACUCACACAGGGGAGAAACCGUAUGAGUGUCUGGAUUGUGGGAAAAGUUUUAGUCAGAAUUCUGGCCUGGUGUACCAUCAGAAGACUCAUGCAGGAGAGAAACCGUAUGAGUGUCCGGAUUGUGGGAAAGGUUUCAGACAGAAUUCCCACCUGGUGAACCACCAGAGGACUCACACAGGAGAGAAACCAUAUGAGUGUCCAGAUUGUGGAAAAAGUUUCAGUCAAAUUUCAAGCCUGGUGAUGCACCAGAGUACUCACACAGGAGAGAAACCAUAUUUGUGUCUUGAUUGUGGGAAAAGUUUCAGUGAGAAUUCCAAACUGGUGGGACACCAGAGGACUCACACAGGAGAGAAACCAUAUGAGUGUCCAGAUUGUGGGAAAAGUUUCAGUCAGGAUUCCAGCCUGGUGAGACACCAGAGGACUCACACAGGAGAGAAACCAUUUGAAUGUCCAGAUUGUGGGAAAAGUUUCGGUCAGAAUUCCCACCUGGUGAACCACCAGAGGACUCACACAGGAGAGAAACCGUUCGAGUGUCUAGAUUGUGGGAAAAGUUUCAGUCAGAAUUCCAGCCUGGUUAAACACCAGAGGAUUCACACAGGAGAGAAGCCAUAUGAGUGUCCGGAUUGUGGGAAAAGUUUCAGUCAGAAUUCCAGCCUGGUGAUGCACCAGAGUACUCACACAGGAGAGAAACCGUUUGAGUGUCCAGAUUGUGGGAAAAGUUUCAGUCGGAAUUCCCACCUGGUGAACCACCAGAGGAUUCACACAGGAGAGAAACCGUUUGAGUGUCUGGACUGUGGGAAAAGUUUCAGUCAGAAUUCCAACCUGGUAAUGCACCAGAGGACUCACACAGGAGAGAGACCAUAUGAGUGUCCGGAUUGUGGGAAAAGUUUCAGUCAGAAUUCCAGCCUGGUGAUGCACCAGAGGACUCACACAGGAGUGAAACCGUUUGAGUGUCCGGCUUGUGGGAAAAGUUUCACUCAGAAUUCCCACCUGGUGAACCACCAGAGGACUCACACAGGAGAGAAACUGUAUGAGUGUCUGGAUUGUGGGAAAAGUUUCAGUACUAGGUCUAUCCUUAUAAAUCAUGUAGGCUUACAGACAGGGGAGAAACCAUUCAAGUGUCCAGACUGCGGACAGUGCUUUACUCAAAAUGCCUCCCUUAUCAAAAAAGAAAAUGCACAUGAGGCAGAAGAUGUGUGUACAGAAGGCUUGAAUUUCAUUUCUGAUCUCCCAUUGAAAGUCCUCCUGAGAAAUUAAUAUUUAAUUUCUGGCCUGAUUCUUUUUAGUCAAACCUGUCUCAGUAUUAGAGAUGAGGGAGG